AUGUUGUUGCGCUCAGCUCUUCUCUUUUUCUCUAUCUGGACGACUGUCGCGUUCGCAAAGGAGUACCCGACGGCGUACCUGAUUCGCCAUGGCGAGAAACCUGCCAAUCCAGACGACCAUGAUCUUACCCUAGACGGCGUGCGACGGGCGCAAUGUCUGCGCACAGUUUUCGGCGCAAAGUCGAAAUACAACAUUUCGCAUAUCAUGGCGCCAACCGUGAAAUGGAACGGCGAACACGGCAGAGCAUUGAAAACCGUCCUUCCCCUCGCUACAGACCUCGGUCUCGAAGUCGACACACACUGCUCCCGCAAGAAGGCCGAGUGCGUUGCCGACGCGAUUCGAUCCUUCGAAGGACCCGGGAACCUCCUCAUCGCGUGGCGACACAAAAACAUUCCCGAUAUCCAGGAGUUCUUGGGCUCAACAGAUCCACUUGUGUACCCCGACGACCGAUUCGAUAUGAUCUGGACGAUUCCGUAUCCGUAUGAUAAAAUUACGGAUAUCAGGAGUGAAGAGUGUCCCGGGUUGGAUACACGUCCGGGGUUGGUCGCACAGUAUUAA